AAUCAGAAGAGCGCAAUGGUCGUGGGUGGGGAAGAAGACGCCCUGGUCUUAAAAAAAAGUCUCUAAAAAUUAAGGGGUUUUUUCACCAACUGUCACCAUUUUCUCCUUCUAGAAUAGAGGACUGAUAGAAAACAAAGCUCCCCCGCUUUUGAUUCACUCCAUUUAGGAAACCAACAACAAAAAAAAAGAAAGUGUUGUGACACGUGGUCCGAGCUCCACCAGUAUUAGCCGGGCUAGCGAGUUAGCCGACUAGCUCGCGGGUCGAGGGCGACAGAGAGGAUGGAGUUCGAGGAGAACGGCAUCGGCGAGGAGUGCGGGGUGUUCGGCUGCGUGGCGGCCGGAGAGUGGCCCACACAGCUGGAGGUGGCCCAGGUCCUGACUCUGGGGCUGGUGGCGCUGCAGCACAGGGGUCAAGAAAGUGCCGGAAUUGUUACAAGUGAUGGCGCCAGUCCCCCAACAUACACAACCCACAAGGGUAUGGGCUUGGUGAGCACGGCCUUCCCCGCCGAGGCUCUCUCGAAGCUGCGCUAUGGCAACCUGGGCAUCUGCCACACUCGCUACUCCACCACAGGCAUUUCGGAGCUGCAGAACUGCCAGCCCUUUGUGGUGGACACGCUGCACGGCAAGAUCGCAGUGGCGCAUAACGGAGAGCUGGUUAACGCUCACGGCCUGCGAAAGAAGGUCAUGCGUCACGGCGUGGGUCUGUCCACCAGCUCCGACAGCGAGCUCAUCACCCAGCUGCUGGCCUUGACCCCACCCAUGGAGGAGCUGGACGCCCCCGACUGGGUGGCCAGAAUCAAGAAUUUGAUGACUGAGACGCCGACGUCCUACUCGCUGUUGAUGAUGUUUAAAGACGUCAUUUACGCCGUGCGGGACCCCUACGGCAAUCGACCCCUCUGCAUUGGACGCGUCGUCCCCGUCUCCAAACUGCACAAGUCAGGCGGCGGAGAAGCGGACACCGAGGCCUGGGUCGUGUCCUCCGAGUCCUGCAGCUUUCAGUCCAUCGGUGCAAAGUAUUACAGGGAGGUCCUCCCAGGAGAAAUCGUCCAGAUAUCUCGACAUGGAGUCAAGUCUUUGAGCGUGGUCCCUCGUCGCGAAGGGGACUUUCCCGCCUUCUGCAUAUUUGAAUAUGUUUACUUCGCCAGACCGGACUCCAUUUUUGAAGGUCAGAUGGUGUACACCGUCAGACAUCGCUGCGGUCGACAGCUGGCCAUCGAGGCUCCCACAGACGCAGACGUGGUCAGCACCGUGCCGGAGUCGGCCACCCCCGCCGCUCUGGGUUACGCCCAACAGUCUGGCCUGCCUUACAUAGAGGUCCUGUGUAAGAACCGCUACGUCGGGAGAACCUUCAUCCAGCCCAACACCCGUCUGAGGCAGCUGGGAGUGGCCAAGAAGUUUGGCGCCCUGACGGACAACUUUGCCGGCAAGCGAGUGGUGCUGGUUGACGACUCCAUCGUCCGGGGAAACACCAUCUCCCCCAUCAUCAAACUACUGAAGGAAGCCGGGGCUACUGAGGUUCACAUCAGAGUGGCCUCGCCGCCUAUUAAGUUCCCUUGUUACAUGGGCAUCAACAUCCCCACUAAAGAGGAGCUCAUCGCCAACAGGCCAGAGUUCCAGGACAUUGCUGGAUACAUUGGCGCUGACAGCGUGCAGUAUCUGACCGUGGAGGGUCUGGUGUCGGCGGUCCAGAAAGGGGUGACUUUGCAGGGUGACAAGAUGAUCAACUCUACUAAUGAAAAGUCGGGCGAAAGAGUGGGUCACUGCACCGCCUGUCUGACCGGGAAGUACCCUGUAGAACUAGAGUGGUAACUGCUGAGUCAUGCCGCCCUCCUCCUCGGAAAGAACUAUCUUCCAUCCAGCUCCGAUGACGUUAUAGCAGCUGAGAAUGUCCCCUUCUACUGACCUCUAGUGGUGACUAAUGUAUCUGUUUCUUUACUUAUGAGUUGUGUAAAUAUAUCCGCUCAAGUCUUUAAUUUACUCAUUUUUAUAUUUCAACAUUUAAAAAUUAUAGCCAAAAAUAGAAACUUCUCAUUUUAUGAUGAAGUUUUAGUUGCGAGCUACUUUUCGUUCCUUAUAUGCCAUCGUCUCACUUGACUUGUGAAAUGCAUCAAUGAAUGUUAACAAAAUAAAAGUUUGACUGAUGAA